AGCGCUGCCCGCCCCGCACGGCUCCGUCCCGGCCAUGGCUCUGCGGCUGCUGCGCGGCGCGCCCGGGGCAGCGAAGUCUUCACUUCUUUGGCACUCACGAAGCAGCUCCAGCUCUAAGCCAGGAGGAAGAGCUCAACCUGCUAAGCAGCCACUAAAGAAACCAAAGUUACCAGUGGGGAGGUUUGAUGAACCAGAAGAGUCCAGUAUGGAGAAGGAACCUCUGGAAAAAUUCCCUGAUGGAAUCAAUCCUACUACAAAAGAGAGGGGUGGACCCAGAGGCCCUGAACCUACACGUUUUGGAGACUGGGAAAGAAAAGGACGUUGUAUAGAUUUCUAAUAUUGAAAUGUCUGUAUUGCUAAUAAAAUAUUUCUAGUUGCUAAAAUAUAUAAUGUACAGAAAGAAAUCACACCUGGAUUUGUCAUGGAGCUUAUUGUUUCUGUCGUGCCACCACAUUGUCAUGUGAUGAAUUUUUUUACUAAUGCAAUGUAAUUAAACACAGUGCUGCAGCUCAGAUUAUGGAGCUGUUAGUGGCUCAAUGUCUGCCUGAUCUUUGAUACUAUUUACACUGUGCAAGUAUAAAUGCAGGUACAGUGGUGUGAAAUUGGUAGUCAGGAGCUUAUUGAGAUGUAUAAGGGCUUGUAUUUCUUCAUGAAUAUAAAGAUUUAUGUGGUGGUGUAAAAGUGUUGAAAGAACUUUGCAUUUCAGGAACCUGAACACCAUUCAUCAAAGGUAGAACCAACUCUGAGGUCAGUAGGUCAGUGAUUUCACACAGUGGUUCCCUGGUGAAAGCCCCUUUACUCAAGAACCUUCCCUCUGUCCCUGUUGCAGUGGGUUGGGUGUUUUUUCCUGUUUGGAGGGAAGGGACAGUCUUGUCUCUGAUUGAGGACUGUAAGUGGCCUAAUGGAAAUGGAGACUUAAAUUUUGGAGAGGGUCAGCUCUUGAUUGCAAGUAGUGUAGAGGUGCUCUGUUUGGAAUUCUAGAACACUGUCCUUUAUCACCUGUCUUCUUCAUGCUACUUACAUUAUCUUUUCUUUUGUAAGUGGAGUUGUCCUUUUGCACAUGGGCUAACUGCUGCUUUGGAAAAAUACAGCAUUGUUGUCUGAAACCUUAUGGUUAAAGGGGACAAAUUCAUUAGGUGAAGUAAUAUUGCAGGUCUUUAAGUUAUCUGGCAUCACAGUAAAUAUCUUUCAGUCACACUGAGCUCAGUUCUUGAUUCAAGAAUUUGCCUAGUUGUAAGUGCUGUAGUAGAGUAAUAGUAGCAUGCAAAUCUACCACUUGUGUGGGUACUUACUAAUGAGAAUAAGUUGUCAUUAUUGAAAUGUGAACAUUUCUGUGCAAGUUCUUUGUGAUAGCCUGAACAAAUGGAUCUUCUCUAGUCAGAAUGAGAGAAGGGUGUGGGCUUUGCCCAGCUUUGCCUUUGCUUGGUUUAACUUUACUCGAGCAUUAAAGUGUGAGGGUCUUGUCACAAAUCUGAGCAGCCUCCCCUCAAGCUCACUUGACUGGCAGCCAGUGGGGGAGCUCCUUGCUGAAAUCUUGCAGUUUGUGUGUCCAGUGAGUGUGUUAGAGACACAGUCUUGCUCUAGUUGUGAGUUUGGAUGUUUGUCUCACUGUGGUGUUUCUCUACAAAAAUACUGAACUGAACUAUUCAGUUACAGGUUUGUCAACCAAAUACCUCACUGACAAGAAAAAUGAGAUUAAUGAAAGCCUGUUUCUCAUAAAAGGUGUUAAUUAGUGGUAAUUAGAUUUUGAACCUUUAAAUUCUGCAACAUGGCUUGGAUAUUGGAAAAUUGGUUUGUAUUUGUAUCUGAUUCAUUCUGUUUUCCCUCUGUGUAGUGACAGAUUAUUUUAAAAUCUGUUGACAUUUUCAGUUACCUAAAGAUAGGCUGGGUCAGCUGUCUUCAAUUUCUUAAUUAUUUCUAGUAAUGUUUUGACUUUUCAGUUGCUGGUGUGUUGGACACAAUACACCACCUUUUCAAAUAGGAAGUGGAAAUUUUAGUUGGAAGCUUCUGCCUUUUCUGCAUCGUUAUUUAUAGGCUUAACUUCUAAAUUCACAAAGAAGAGGUGAAAUACAGCAGUUAUUUUAUUUUUUAAUUCUAAAUCUUCUCCAUGGAUUGUUGCAUUACUUCAUUAUCUUCUCAAACCAGGUUUUACCCUUUCCAGCACACACUCCAUGAAUGUUUACCUAAUUGCACUUCUUGGCAUUCCUGAUUUUCAAAUCUAAUUGCUUUACUCACUGCUGACUGCAGGUGCAUUCCUCCCUGGAUGCAGACUUACAGUUUUGAGUUAGCAUAUGAAGAACUGCUCUCACUUUUCCAUCAUUUUGCUUACAUUUCACUUGCUUAUCUUUGGUCUCCCUCAGUGUUAAGGGCUGACCCAGGUGCUGUCCAGACCCCUGCUUGUCUUCCUUCAUGCAGGUGAUGACUGCUGCUGUCAGAGGCACAGGCAGGCAGCCCUUCUUGUCAGAGCACAGGAAGGUCAAAUUCUCCAUGCCAGUAUCCAUGGCAUACCUGGAUUUUGAAGAUAAUUUUGAGAGUGCUAACAUCUGUAGCUAUAGGACAGAGUGUUCAUAAAGGCAGGGGAUUUGCUUUCCCUCAAAAAACAGAAUCACAGAAUAAUUUAGGUUGAAAUAGACCUGGAAGAUCAUCAAGUCCAACCAACCGCUGCCAAGUCUGCCACUAAAUCACGUUCUCGAGUGCCACAUCUACACAUCUUUUAAAUACCUCCAGGGAUGGUGACUCAGUCACUUCCCUGGGCAGUCUGUUUUAAGCUUGACAGCCUUUUCAUUGAAGAUUUUUUUUUCCUAAAAUAAAAAGGCUGUUUUUAACCCAUUUCUUGCACAGAAAUGUUAUAAAUAGCUGAAAAGGAGUUGGUGCAUGGGAAAUAGUGGAUACCCCUUCAGUCUUGAGCAACUUCAAGCCUUUUUUACCACCUCCCAGGCUGGUGCUGUUAACUAAAUAUUUGCUUAACUUGUUUAUGGAAGGUGUCAAUGAGACAUAGGAAACUGAACAUAGAAGCAAAAUAAUAUGUAAGAGUCAAAGAAUGCCAAGGGGCCCUCUUACAUUGGUGAUCUGGCAUUUACCAAACAGAGGAGCCCUGGGCUCCAGUAACAGUUAAGCACAAAAUCCUGUGGUGCUGCAAAAUCUCUUGUGGUACCUGUCAAAAGUGAUCAGGGAUUGAGUGUAAUAAAUGAUACAAUGAUAGUGUAGGGUAUAAACAAUAAUUUCUCUUUGUUUUCUUGCAGUGCCAGCAGUUAGGAAAGCAGCACUUCAGCAUUUUUCGGAGCUGUCUUCCUGCCCUUCCCAGAUAAUCACUAUUAGCAAUUCACUGGAAUUUAGCAUUAGGGUAAGAAAAUGGCUUGGGGCAUUAGCUAUUAGAUCAGCCAUAGAUAGGUUUUAUCAUAAAUACUGAUUGAUUUUUUUUUUUUAGCUCUUUUGUUAGUAUAAACAGUGAAGAGCAGCAGGGGCUGUAUCCUAACAUUUUCUGUUAACUUUCUGUGAGACAAAGGAAAAUUGUUCUGUGUGUGUAAGCAAAUUCUUGCAGGACUGCAGGAUGCUUGCUGCUCUGUUUCAUUUUCUUUAAUAAAAAUCUGCAUGUUGUGUUUCUGCAGUAGGUUUUCUCUUUUAAACCUGUUUCUGUUACUUGGCAUAGAUACAUUUGGUACAUUAUUAAAAUUAUGAAGCCUUUAUUGUUUGAAGGAAUUGCACCAUAAUUACUUUAUUUCAAAAUACAUGAAGUUUCAAUUUACAGUUAAAGAAAAUAUUUGCUAUAUAUUGCCUUGUUUAGAAAGCAUGUAUUUCAGUGCUGAUUUUAUUAAAUUGAAACACAGGAUACAUAAUAGAAUCACAGUAAAAUUACCUGUGAUGGUAGCAUAUGUUUGUAAAGCACCAUAGAAUGCUGUUAUAGAUCUUUACUGCAUUUUUAGUUGACUGCAAUAAAUGGUGACAAAUUCCA